AUGGGGAAUUACAUUUCCUGCGCAUUCGUAGCUCCUAAACUGAGGAGUCCGAAGUCGGCGAGGGUCAUCCUCCCCGGCGGCGAAAUCCGGCAGUUCCGGCAGCCGGUGAAGGCGGCGGAGCUAAUGCUCGAAUCCCCAAACUACUUCGUGGCGAAUUCUCAGUCCUUAAACAUCGGCAGGCGAUUCUCGGCGCUGUCGGCGGACGAGGAUUUGGAGUUUGGGAAUCUCUACGUCAUGCUGCCUAUGAGGAAAGUGAAUUCGGUCGUCACGGCGGCUGACGUGGCGGUGUUUCUGAUGGCGGCGAAUUCGGCGCCGAGAAGGAUAUCGGCCGGCGGCAUCCCGGCGAGGAUAUCGCCGGUGGCUGAGUCGGUACACGAAGAUGAUGAUGAUGAUUCGAGUGAGAUCGGACGGUCGAGAUUGAGGCUAGAAGGAUUAGCGCCGGAGUUUAUGUACCGGCUGGCGUCGUGCCGGUCGAAGCGGCCCGGGUUGGAUACAAUUACUGAAGAACCUGUUUUUGCGAGAUAG